GGUCAGGGUGGAUAGUUAGAGCUUUGAAAUUCCAAUUUGCCGCCGAGGUGUGUGUAGCUGAGGUUUAAAUUGCAAGUGAGCAGUCUUGCUGUUGCUUCAUCACACCCUCUCAAGUGUCUACCUUUUGACUUGAGCCGGCACAGCGGCCAAGUCGACUGGCCGUGGCGAGACUAGCCUGUGGCUGAGGGAAUCUGAGGGAGCGUGAGAGCACGCCAUGUUCGUCCCCUGCUCGGGAGGCGGGCUGGGCUGCCUCCGGCUCUGUCUGCUCCGAGUGUGGGCCCGCGAGGUCGCGGGUCGCUGUGUGUGCGGGGCCUCUCAGGCCCGGCUGUACGGCUCCGGUGGGUCCCAGCCCGACGUCUCUCGGUCUGGUCCCGUGCGCCGGCCUCUGAAGGAGUGGGCACUUCUGGUGAGCCCUUUCGGCCGCCUGCGGACGCGGCUCCCGUGCUCCCUAGCCGUGAGGCCCCUGGACCCUCUCACCUACCCGGAUGGAGACCGCGUGCUGGUGGCGGUGAGCGGAGUGCAGGGUGGGGCCGUGGCCAGCCUGCAGGUGAAGUACGACGAGGCGCAGAAGGAGGUGGCCAUCGUGUCUGACGUCAUCGACCCCCAGGCGUCCGUAGAAGUGAACGCGCCCCUGAAGUUUGAUUUGAAUAUCAAGUCAUCAGGGUCUGGCUGUGUAAAAGUCCAAAAUAUUGAGUGUGAUAAUUGCAAAAUUGAAACUGAACAGGGGACCAGCAUCUUACAGUCAGUUAAGAGUCAAAAAUUACAUAUUCAAACAAAAGGAGGUAAAGUGAUCUGCCUGGGAACAGUUUAUGGAAAUAUAGAUAUUCAUGCAUCAGAUAAAAGUACUGUGACCAUAGAUAAACUGCAGGGAAGUUCUGUUAACGUAUCUACUGAGGAUGGUUUGCUGAAAGCCAAGUAUCUUUACACAGAAUCGUCAUUUCUGUCUUCUGCUGCUGGGGAUAUUACAUUAGGAAGUGUUCAUGGUAAUAUAACAUUACAAAGCAAGAUGGGUAACAUCACAGUAGAUUCGUCUUCUGGAUGUCUAAGUGCCUCGACUUAUCAGGGUGCCAUAGAUGUUUAUGUCAGCCAACUGGGAAAAGUGGAAUUGAAAUCCCAUAAAGGAUCUGUUCUUGUCAAGGUUGCAUCUUCUCUUCAGGCUUAUUUACAGUUAUCAGGGAAAGCGAUUGAUGUGAACUCAGAAGUCCAUGUUGAAGAAAUGGAUGAAGCUCAUAAAGAUGAUGGUAUAAUAAUUACUGGGCUCCUGAAUCAAGCAAGCAAACAUGAAAAAUGGAUUAAGGCUGAUGCUCCGAAAGGCACUGUAAGCUUUAGAAGCCAAAGCUGGUUUCAGUCCCUGAAACUGUAGGACUGAGAAUGGUUUGAGUUAUGUUUCUAAAUUUUAACAACGAUUAGUAGAUCUGUGACUACAAAAACUCAAAUACCACUGUUCAUAUAAAUGUUGAAAACAAUAAAUUGGGAUGUCUUGGGACAGCCUUUUCAAAAUUUGUACUUAGCUGUUAGUUUUCUUCUGUAACAAAUUGCCACAAACUUACUGACUUAAAAUAAUACCUGUUUGCCCUGGGAUCUCCUGGCCCCUAACUCCACCCAGCAGUAACCCAGCACUA